AUGGCAUCUCAAUCAACUAGUGGUUCCUCCAACACCGUGGACGUGGUAGUCAUCGGCGCUGGACUCAGCGGGCUACGGGCGGCUUUGGGUGUGCAGGCAGCGGGACUCUCCUACGCAGUAGUCGAAGCUACUGACCGUGUAGGAGGCAAGACUCUGACCGUGCCGUCCAAGAAAAGUGGUCCUGGAGUCAACGAUGUCGGCGCCGCCUGGAUCAAUGACACCACGCAAAGCGAGAUUUAUAAGCUGGUCCAGAAGUAUGGACUGCAAGUCGAGACACAAGCAAUCCCAGGCUAUGACAUCUUCCAAAACCCCGAGGGCUCUGUAUUGUUCAAACACGGUGAACUUCCGGUGAGCGAGGAAGAGCAGGCGGCAUUAUCUCAAGUGUUGGCGCAUAUCAAUGAGCUCGUCUCCGACGUCAAUCUGGAAGACCCCGGCUCCGGCCCCAACGCGAAAGAGCUGGAUAGUGUCAGUAUCCAGGAAUACUGCAUGCAGACCUUCCAGUCCGAGUUGAUUGCCGAUCUAUUCGAUACCAUUAUUCAAUCCUUGAUUGGUGUGAAUGGCAACGAAGUCAGCAUGCUGGCUUUCUUGCUCUCUCUGAAGGCCGGCAACGGAUUCGAGGCCAUAACCUCGGACGGCAAAAAUGGAGGCCAGCAGCUCCGCGUUCGACAGGGCAACCAAACAAUCUCCAAAAAUAUGGCGGCAGAGCUAAAACCAGGCUCCAUCCAUCUCUCUAGCCCCGUAACCGAGAUCAACCAAGACUCAGUCACAGGAACUUGCACCGUCCGAACAGCAAACAACACCACCUUCCACGCAAAGAAAGUCAUCCUGUCCGUUGCAACUCCCCUCCACAAGAACAUUACAUUCACCCCACCCCUCCCUGAGUACAAACAGUUGCUCGCAAGCAGAAAUAAACUAGGCUACUACAGCAAAAUCAUCUUCGUCUUUGAGAAACCUUUCUGGCGCACCGCGGGCCUCACCGGCGCCAUCCAGUCGCAGACGGGUCCCUUCACCUUCACCAUGGAUAACAGCUUCCCAGAUGACGAGCAGUGGUCCAUUGCAUGCUUUACUGUGGGCCGGCGUGGUCGCGAAUGGUCCCUGCUCUCGCAGGACGAGAGACGUCGCACAGCGUGGGAACAACUCCGCUCCGCGCUGGAGAAUACCAACCUACCGUCCGGAGAGAAGAUCCAGGUCCCGGAGCCUAUCAAUGUUCUCGAGUAUGAGUGGUCCAAGCAGGAUUUCUUCCACGGUGGGCCUGAGCCGGGUAUGCCCCCGGGUGUGAUUUCUCAGGUUGGGAAGGGUGCCGUGAGGAAGCCGUUUGGGGGUGUGCAUUUUGUGGGGACGGAGACUGCGCUACAAUGGAAGGGGUAUAUGGAGGGUGCGCCGAGGUCGGGAGAUAGAGGUGCUAAGGAGGUUGUUGAGGCUCUUGUUCAAUAA